GAAGGAGCUGUGGUUGGAGAUUCCUCCUUGGUGAAGCUUUCCCCUGUGAACCUGGAAUCUUCGGAUAGAGUGAGCAAUUUCUUCCCUUCCUUCAUAGCACCUCUCUAUUGAGCCGAUCCUCCUGUCAUUACACCUCUGGUGAAACACCUUUUGGCAUCAUAUUGAUCUGUCCAAUUGCUACAGGGGCGAUUGCUUUUAAAAUUUGCAUUGCCAUUUGUGUUGAUGUGGAAGGAACAAGAACAUGUGUGUUCUGUAUGGAGGGAAAAGUGUUAAUUAACCCUGAAAAACAAGGCUUGCUACUUUGAAAGAGGUUUUAAGCCAGAUGAAGUUAAAUUUCAGAUGUGCUAUUCCUAGAUGAUAUGGGUGUCCUUUGUGUUCGUCACCUUGUGCAGUGAAACAUCUCUGAAAUGUAGAGUUCUGUCCAGUUAUACUGCUAUUGGCAGUUUGCUAUUCAGUAGCUUCAUGGUUACCUGAGACUGAUUUUUCUGAAUAUUUUAAAUGGCUCAUAGUGUUACUUUCAAGAUCCUGGCUGAUACUGAGACAGAUUUUAUAGCACAUUACUUAUUAUGUCUUACAGUUCUGAAUUCUUAAUCCUAUUCAGAUUUUGAUUUUACGGUUCUUCAUUAGCUCUUGUCAGUAAACAGAUGAUUGAUACAUGGCCUCAGUUCCUUCCUUUAGUGAAGUUUGAGUGCGUGCAUGUCGAAUCCCAGUGGAAUUCUGGUACCGUUAGGUUUUGCUGCCUUGACAGGCUGUGGCACAGUCAUGCUGUGCGUUGUCCAUCCUUCAUUCAUACUAUCGGGGAAAUCCAAAGCACUUGUCAAUAAAUCAUCUUCUGGAGCUUUUUGGAGUCGUCUUUCAUUCUCUUUGUGCCUUUUAUCAUAGUGUAGCUUAAUAAAAGAGUGCUGACUGUGUAUCCAUGGAGUCCAUGAGACCUUGUGCCUGUCUUGCUAUUACUGCUUGUCAUUGUUCUCAGUGGGUAUAGUUUUGAGUUAUGGAGUGCUUGGCAGUGUGAAUGUGGAAAAAUGUUUCCCAUUGUUCUGUGUUGAUUUGAUUAAAGGGGGGAGGAUGCUUAGGUGUAUUUCUUGAAAGAAGCGGGAAAAGGGGAGUCAUUGGAAUCUUUUUCAUUUAGUAGAAGUUGUUUUUUUUUUCCUUAGCUGUACACCUGCAAAUGCAUACUGGUCAGGUGUGUAUCUGGUGAGGUAGUUGCUAUCUUAUGUGAAUUGGAUGUCUCACAUCCUGGAGGGAUAUCCAUGCAACCUUGUUGCCUCCAUUGAAGCUCUUCUGAUUGCUUUUCUGUCUCGGAUUUUUUUCUACCAGGGCUUUAAAAAAGUGCUAAUUGUAUGCAGUCAUGUGACUUACUACCUGCAAGCGGAAGCAUUGUGGAUUUGAUAGUUAAUUAAUGGAUAGGGUCAUCCAGAGGAACAUGAGAUUGUACAGGAUUGUGUUGAUGGCUUUGUGGGUCCAUUGUGCUGUUAAUGGCUUUGUGGGUCGCCUUUCUGAGUACUGAAGUGUGCCGUCCUCAGCACGCUGAAGGAGUUCUUGGGGUCUGGAAUGGGAAAUGUGAAACUUGAGUUUUGUUGAGUCUGGAUACCUGCUUGGUUUGUUGUCUUGCAGGGUGUGGUUUUAGGGUGAUUAGCUUUCCUGACUGCUGCAAGCUGUAGGUCUUCAGUGACCAAGGGGCAUCUGAUGGUGAUGUCAGAGUGCUGGCAGAGAUGAGCAGGCAGGAUAUGAAUGUGGCAGUUUAGGGCAUCCCUGCCACCUUCAUUCAGAAGUGUCUGCACUGUGUGUGGCUGUAUUUUUGAAUGGAGUAGCAGUGUCAUCCCCAGCAGUCCCUAUUGGCUUCUUUUCUCCCAAUUUUGUAAUUAUUUAUUCUCUAGAUCUGUGUCAACACUGUUGUGAUGUGUCACCUGAUACAGACAGUGGUGUCAGAGCUGCCACUGAAGUUUCUGAGGUUAAUGUGGCUCUUCCAAGAGCAGGUCUGCUAGCUUUAGCCAGGAGAAUUGUCAAAAUCUAGGCUAUUUUCUCUCAGAUCAUUUUAACUUUUUUGAGGCAGGGAGUGAAACGUACUUCUUGGUCAGCACCAGAUUGGUACUGCUUUGUAUGAUAAGAGUUCAGGAGCUGUUUCUCUCAAAUGGGAGAGAAUGUAGGGUUGGAAUGAGCACAGCAUGGCUGAAAGGCUUGGAAGUGCAGGGGUGCUUUACCUCAGGAGCAGUCAGCAGACUCUUGAGAGCGUUCCACAAAGUUUGUUUUGGGGGAAGUGUGUGCUCUGGUGGCUUGUUCCUAUCAGUGCAGUGCAAUUUUCUUGGUAGUAAGAAAACUCUUUCUGACAGGGAAGGAGGAGGAAGACACAAACAAUACAUUUAACAGAAAUUUUGCAGUAAAAAGGAUAAAAGAAAAUGUGUCUGCGUAAGAAAGUAGCUCAAGCUGCGAAGAGUGUGAAGGGAUUUGUUCUUGCAAGGUGGAGACAUUAUUUUUUUGUAUCUGGGGUUGGGCAGAACAUUUUUUUUGGUGGGAAGUAUUCAAAGAUACGUUUAAAGAACGCUGGAAGAUUUAGUACUGUUUUUUUGGUUUUUUUUAAGUGUGGAUGUGUAGUUGCAGCACAGAAGCAGAAGUUUGAAUGCUGAAAAAUAAAUCAUGGCUGUCCCUCGUUGCUCCCUGUUGUCCUCCUUGUGAGCAGUUCUGGUCAGGCAGGAUAUGUGUGAGAGAUACAGGUGCUCUUCAAAGUAGCACAGUUUGCACAGUGUAUUUGUAAUAUAUCACACUUCGAUGGGGAAAAAAAGAAAGCAGGGAGCUCCAUAACUUGACCAUUAUCUGAUGAAGAUUCUUAGCUCUUAAUCCUUUGUUUUCUGAAUUACUGGUUCCUUGCUUUACUGUCUAUGUGAUGUUUAGAGGAAUGUAGUGUGAUUUGUUGUUUGUUUAUGUAAUCCAUGCUUACAAAUGUCCUUACCCACUUGUUUCAAUGAAUGGAUGAUGACAGUGAAAUCUUACUGGAUCUUCGGUAUUGGCUUUUGUUUUUUCUGCCUCUUCAGCAAAGUAGGAAAUCCUGCCUUAACACUGAAGAAUGCAACAUGAAGGUUCUUAGACUGCACUUCAAAUGUAUGCUAAUUUCAUGUGGUGCUAUUUCCAUUGGCUGAAGUGAUUUAAGCUUUCUGCCUGUUUACUUUCUGUUGUCCAGGGCAAGAUUUACUGGAACAAACAAAGCCUUCUAUAAAAAUACCUACAGAAUGUAACAAAUCACUGGAGAUAGUGUUCAGCAAUUUAUAAACCCUUCAAGUACAGUGUGAGAACAGGACUUGUGAUAUCAAACCAAAUUAGUACCAAACUUCGGUUUGUUUGCAGACUAAAUUUUUGCAGAUAAACAAUGCAACUGUUUAACUUGUAGUUGCCACUGCCUCUGUUCUGAGGAGCAGAAGCUUAAGAUGAUCUGUAACUUGAUGGUUCUGCACUUAAGGGUGACUUAGUGUAGGAGCCCAUGCUUCACAUCUUUCUUGCUCCAUCUUGGCUCUCCCAGAGCUGUCUGCUCAAACUGCCUUGUGCCACGUAAGCUUAACUGUUCUGUUUGAAGGCAUCUCAUUUGUAGAGGAAAGUAACAUGCUGGGUUUCAGAUGUACAAGUGGCCUCAUCUGGCAUGCUGGGUCCCAGUCAUGCUGUCUGUAGAGCAGUGGAAGGAGUGGAAUCAGUCUCCUCUUUCAGAGUGAGCCUAUACCUAAGUGAUUAUUAUAAUAAGAUAUUGUUAUUAAUGAUGAUGAAGUUACUGCCUAUAGGCUGCAGAGGUAUAUGUCUGUAUGGGAACUGUUGAGUCACAUCCUGAACCACUGAUUGAGCACCUGGGGAAAAGACCCAGCCAGACUUUGGAGCACAGGUGAAGGCAGUUCAGCCGUGGGACCAGAAGGGGCGGAGCCUGGCUGCAGCUCUCUUAGACCUCAUUGAAGGGCUGAGUGCCACUGGGGAAGGAGCUGUGGUUGGAGAUCCCUUCUUGGUGGAGUCUUUCCUGUGACCCUUGAUCAUAGGAGAUGGAGGAUGCCAGCCCCCAUCAGACUGCGGGAGCUGAUCCGGACCAUCCGGACAGCAAGAACCCAGGCAGAAGAGCGUGAGAUGAUUCAGAAGGAAUGUGCUGCUAUCCGGUCAUCCUUCCGAGAGGAAGAUAACACAUACAGAUGCAGAAAUGUGGCAAAGCUGCUGUAUAUGCACAUGCUGGGAUACCCUGCACAUUUUGGACAGUUGGAGUGCCUCAAGCUCAUUGCCUCUCAGAAAUUCACAGACAAGCGCAUUGGGUAUUUAGGUGCCAUGUUGCUGCUGGAUGAGAGACAGGAUGUCCAUCUUCUUAUGACCAAUUGCAUCAAGAAUGACCUUAACCACAGCACGCAAUAUGUGCAGGGGCUGGCACUCUGCACUCUUGGCUGCAUGGGCUCUUCAGAAAUGUGCAGAGACCUUGCAGGAGAGGUUGAAAAGCUCCUCAAAACAUCCAACUCCUAUCUUAGGAAGAAGGCAGCACUGUGUGCUGUUCACGUUAUUAGAAAGGUGCCUGAACUUAUGGAGAUGUUCCUGCCAGCCACCAAAAACUUGCUGAAUGAAAAGAACCAUGGUGUUCUACACACAUCAGUAGUCCUCCUCACGGAGAUGUGUGAGAGAAGCCCAGACAUGCUUGCACACUUUAGAAAGAACGAAAAGCUUGUUCCCCAACUAGUUCGUAUUCUGAAGAACCUUAUCAUGUCUGGAUAUUCACCAGAGCAUGAUGUGUCUGGGAUCAGUGACCCCUUUUUGCAGGUGCGAAUCCUGCGGUUGCUAAGGAUUCUAGGGCGAAACGAUGAUGAUUCUAGUGAAGCAAUGAAUGACAUACUUGCACAGGUUGCUACUAAUACAGAAACAAGUAAAAAUGUGGGAAAUGCCAUUCUGUAUGAAACUGUGCUGACUAUUAUGGACAUAAAAUCUGAGAGUGGACUGAGAGUGUUAGCCAUUAACAUCCUAGGCCGUUUCUUAUUAAACAACGACAAAAAUAUUAGAUAUGUGGCUUUGACAUCACUGUUGAAAACUGUGCAGACAGACCAUAAUGCAGUACAGAGACAUAGAAGCACAAUUGUGGACUGCCUGAAAGAUCUGGAUGUCUCCAUUAAAAGGCGUGCAAUGGAACUGAGUUUUGCUCUUGUUAAUGGGAACAAUGUUCGUGGAAUGAUGAAGGAGUUGCUGUAUUUCCUAGAUUCAUGUGAGCCAGAGUUCAAGGCAGACUGUGCAUCUGGAAUAUUCCUUGCAGCAGAAAAAUACGCUCCUUCCAAACGCUGGCACAUAGACACAAUCAUGAGAGUCUUAACAACGGCAGGAAGUUAUGUUCGUGAUGAUGCUGUUCCCAACCUGAUCCAGCUAAUAACUAAUAGUGUGGAGAUGCAUGCCUACACUGUGCAGAGACUCUACAAAGCCAUCCUUGGUGAUUACUCUCAGCAGCCACUGGUUCAAGUGGCCUCCUGGUGCAUAGGAGAGUAUGGAGAUCUUCUGGUGUCUGGUCAGUGUGAAGAAGAGGAGCCAAUACAGGUAACAGAGGAUGAAGUUCUUGAUAUUUUAGAAAGUGUUCUGAUAUCUAAUAUGUCUGCAUCUGUUACACGAGGCUACGCUCUCACUGCCAUCAUGAAGCUUUCCACAAGGUUCACCUGCACUGUCAAUCGCAUUAAGAAGGUAGUUUCCAUUUACGGCAGUAGCAUUGAUGUGGAGCUACAACAGAGGGCAGUGGAAUAUAAUGCACUAUUUAAGAAAUAUGAUCACAUGAGGCCAGCCCUGCUUGAGAGAAUGCCGGUGAUGGAGAAAGUCACCACCAAUGGCCCUACUGAGAUUGUACAGACCAAUGGAGAGACAGAAACAGCGGUACUGGAAACCAAACCUCCGCACUCUGGAUUGCAGCCUGGUAGCCAGGCAAAUGAUUUGUUGGACUUGCUGGGGGGGAAUGACAUAACACCUGUAAUCCCCACUGCACCUACAAGCAAGCCAGCCUCUGCUGGUGGGGAGCUCCUUGACCUACUGGGAGACCUCAACCUAACAGGUUCCCCAGUAUCUGCCCCUGCACCCCAGAUAUCACAGCCUCCAUUCCUGCUUGAUGGACUGUCAUCACAGCCUCUCUUCAAUGAUAUUGCUGCAGGAAUCCCUUCAAUUACUGCAUACAACAAGAAUGGGCUGAAGAUUGACUUCAGUUUUGAGAGGUCAAACACCAACCCCAGUGUCACUGUAAUCACAAUACAGGCCUCCAACAGCACAGAGCUGGAUAUGACAGAUUUUGUUUUCCAAGCUGCAGUACCAAAGACAUUCCAACUGCAGCUUCUGUCUCCUAGCAGCAGUGUCAUCCCUGCAUUUAAUUCGGGGACCAUUACACAGGUCAUUAAAGUCCUGAAUCCACAAAAGCAACAACUACGUAUGCGGAUCAAGUUGACGUAUAAUCACAAGGGCUCAGCAAUGCAGGAUCUAGCAGAAGUCAACAACUUCCCCCCUCAGUCUUGGCAGUGAGGCUCUGGCACCAUUCUUAUUCUCACCCCACCCAAUCAAAAGAACUCUGGGAAGAAGGUUGUGAUCCUUGGCAGUCCCCUAAACUGCACCAUGGGCAUGGGGAACAGAUGAGACCUGCUGAUGAGGAGGAAUUUUCCUGAAGUGAUUGCUGACUUUGAAGCAUAUCUGUUGAGACUAAUCUCCUCUCCUCCGCUGAUGAGGCUGGUGGCUUGUGGAGGCUACUCUGCACUCCCUCACACAUGCAUUCACAGCCAGAAGCAACAUUCCCUCCCUUCCCUGCCUCUCUACCCCCAAAGAAAAACAGCCUGGUUGGAAGAGAAGUCUGGAAUUUCUUGCAGGGAAACUUUCUAUCUCUGCAGCAAGUGAACAACUGCCCCUUCUUUCUGCUGUCUUUUUUUUUUUUUUUCCCCCCCCUGGGAUGGUCAAGGUGUGUUUUCAUUCGUUACUAGCUGGAUUAUCUUCAGGCACUUUCAUCUGGGGCUCAGAAUGGGAACAUGGAGAACUUUAGGUCACUUUGCCUCUUUCUUACUGUAUCCCCCAUGUCUAAAGGGGCUGGAGGCUUUUUUUGGCCUGUUCAGUGCAUUACUGUAUACACACACCUCUUAGUUAUGUGAUACGUACCAAGAGCAAGUCAGGCCUUGGGACUUCAUCUGCAGACCUGGGACAGUGCAGGAAAGAGGUGCCAGUGAGGCUGAUUAAAAUUGCAUUGGUGCUGUACUUGGAAAUGAAGACCUUACACUUGAAUUUUCUUUCUUUCCAUCAGUGGCUGCAGCCAUACAGAUUCAGUCUUCUGUAGCUUCCCCGGAAAGUAUGGUGAUGUAUAAGAUGUAGCGAUCUAAGGAGCAGCUGGUUUUCUACCGCAGUUAAUUUCAAAGCCUUUAGUUGUGGUUUAUGGUAAGAAAAGACACAUUCAAUUUUGUAGAUCAGUCUUUGAGCAAAAGCUCUGUUGCCUGCUGGGAGACUCACCGGAGACUAUGCUGCAGAGUUGUUCUUAGUUAUUCCAGACUUUCUCCCCGGUUUAAUUUCCAGAGCCUGUUGUAGACUCCCUGGGUUCCAUUUGAUUUACUUCUGACUGGGAUAUUUGUGUUGUAUCUGUAACAUUGGCACUGAAAUAAAGACCAUGCGGUUUAAAGAGA